GCUCAGCUAAUCUCUUUCCCUGUCCCUGCCAGCCAGUUCCCGCUCAGCAGAAGCCAGCAGUCUUCUUUCAAACCAGCUUGCGUUUUGGAUGCAGGAUAUAUUUGCCUCCUGUGUAUUCCAGCAAUGGUCUGUGCGAUUUCUGCGCCCAUGCUUCGUCAUCAGCUUCACUCGGAAACUUACCCUACACAAGAAGAAUCUUGUUUGAACAAGCUUCUGUCUCCACCCGAUGUGGGCAAACCUCACAGGGAAAGCACUCGAGCACUACACUAACAGACUCCUGAAGCAUACAGUGUGGGGUGCCAUAGCGUCUGCUGGUCCCUUUCUGCGACCCAGCAGCUUGACUCCAACAGCAGCGUUACUUCGACAGCAACUCUCAAUCACUACCCACACGCGACUGGAAGCAAGACCGCCCGUGAAACAGCCUUUCAACGGCUGUCCUGACUCACAUACUACAUGACGAACUGCCAGCAGGAGAUGGAUAACUCGGUUGUGCUUGCUCAGAGUGCUGACGUCCAGCGCAAGCGCCGGAGGUCUAUGGCGGACUUUGGUGACGAGCACCAGGAUGCAGCAGGAGCGUUGACUCGCGUCGACGGCGGCCGUGCUCUCGGGAAGCAAAAACAACUCGCUGCAGAGUCCCAGAAGCGGCAACUUGCUGCAUCUUCUGAAGGACAGGAGCACAAGCGGCAGCGGCAGCAGCAGCAGGAUAAUCUGAAGACACUGUUUCUUCCCUCGGUAGAGAGAGAUAGCGCGGUUUGCGAAAAGGAGAGAAGUCUUCCUCCUGUAAAUGCUUCAGAGCCUGCUGCACGUGUUACAACAACAGCAGGAGCAGCAGGAGCAGCUGGAGGAGCAGCAGAGGGCGCAGGAGGAGUUCGUGGAGAGAGCUUUUUGUGGACGCGCUGUUGGACGGAGGAUGCUCACAACGACUUUUUAAACUGGAUGGAGUCGGAGUUUGUAUCGCGGAUGUAUUCGCGGGCGUACUGCCACGAAGACAUUUGUGGAGUGAGCAGCGUCCCAGCUCCGCAGGGACAGCUGGGGCAGCACACUGAAGGAAUAGCACGAGAUCUUCACGCCGGGUCGCCCGCAAAAGAGCAGCUGGAGCAGCGGCAGCACCAAAGCCUGCAGCGAAGAGACUCUUAUCAACCAUUUUCAAGCCAUCGUGAUAACCAGCAGUUGCAACUCCAGCCAGAGCAGGAGCAGCAUCAGCACCAGCAGCAGCUGCUGUUGCAGCAACAGCAGCAGCUGUAUGCUCCGUGGAACACAAGGCUCCCUCAGCACCAGUGUCUUCCCACCCAAUGCGACAUCACGUCAGCAGACACCAGCGCCACACUUCUCCCUGGAGCCUCCGUUCCCCCUCCUGCUGCUCCGUGCUGCAGUGGCACUGGCUCCUUCUCGCCGCUUCUGGACUCCAGAUCUAUUGUCCAAGAAGCUUCUGGGUCGGUUGGGUCGUGCUGCCGUGCGCAAGGCGAUGUAAGUGGUGCGGGAGAGCUGGGUGGAGAGGAGGAAGAGCCGGGGGAGUGUGCUGUUUCUCGUUCCUGCUCUGAAGAGGGUGAGGACAGGCAGGGUCGGAAGGAUGUGGAGCUAAGGAGUGUUGAAGAUGUGACAAGGAAAAUGGACGAGAGGGGCAAAAAGUUUUUGGAUGUGCGUGAGCAGCAACAGCAGCAGGGACAGCAUCUGCAGGUGGCAGCCAUGCAAGGCACUGACUGGACUGGCAUGCCUCGGCUCAUGAGAAACGUGAACUUUCCUGCUGCAAUAGCUGGUUAUGCAAUUUCUCCGUUCCACUGUAGAGAUGGUGCAGCCACUUCCAUGAUCGCUACUCUCCCCCUUCCUGUUUAUCUACCUCCUCCUGUCGCUCCUCCGCCAUCUGCUGCUGCUGUUGCUGCCGCAGUCCCAUCAGGUUCUCCUCCCAUGGGCUUUAUCCAGUUUCCUUCGUUGACCAUGCUUCCCAGUGGAGGACAGGUAGUCUCUCCGUUUUUCUGCACCAACUCACCAUUGGUCUAUCAUGGCCCUUCUACGGAUGAUGUAUCUUAGAUUCUUCCCUUGGGAAAACGGAUGAUGUAUCGUGCCCCUAGAUUGUAUAUUAUGUUUUUGUUUCAUACAUCUGUAGCGGUUUAGGCCUUGUAAAUUAUGUACCUGGGUUCUGUUAUU